AUGGUAAAAUUUGUUCAUUUACUUGAUGAUGCUGGAUCAACUGUUGAAAAAAUCAAUGGCACAAAAACAUUAUCACAUAUUGGACAAUUUUCAACAGAUCAUGCAAUUACAACAAUUCGUAUGAGACCUGAACAUCGAUCAAGAUUUCAUUGUCCAAAUGCAUUAUUAUAUAAUACAUCAGCAUAUUUAUCAUAUCAUUUUAAUUUACAAGGUCCAAAUGUAUCAUUAUAUGUUACUUGUUCAUCAUAUUUAGAAGCUUUACAUAUGGCUAUACAAUGUCUUCGUACAAAUGAAGCCGAUAUGGCUGUAUGUGGCGAUGGUCUUGGUCUUUUAUUAUUAAAACGAUUAAGUGAUGCUGAACAUGAUGGAGAUCGUAUAUAUUGUGUUAUUCGUGAUGUACUUAGUGGCCAUGAUGGAAACGAAGAUAAACUAAAGUUUGUCGUUCCAUCAGCUGCCGGACAAGGACGUUUAUUAGCAAAUAUUUAUUCAAGAAAUAAUUUUGAUACUCGAAAAAUCUUAUUUGUUGAAGCACAUGGUACAGGUACACCAGCUGGUGAUCCAAUUGAAGCUAAUUGUUUAGGUCGAUUUUUUAAUCGAUCAAAUCUUGAUCCACCAUUAUUAUUAGGUUCCAUUAAAAGUAAUUUAGGACAUACAGAAGGUGCAGCUGGUGUUGCAUCACUUAUUAAAGUUGCUAUGUGUAUGUAUUAUCGUGAUAUUACAGAAAAUAUGCAAUUUACUUCACUUAAUUCAAAAAUAGAUGCGCAAAAAUAUAAUCUACAUAUUGUUCAAAAUUUUAUACUAUCUCCAUCUCUUCCAAAUAAUGAAAAAAUAGCUAUAGGUAUUAAUUCAUUUGGAAUGGGUGGUACAACGACACAUGCUAUCAUUGAAGAAUGUUAA